GGCAGCAAGAGAGAAUUCAACAACAUUAAAGCGAAGGAAUUAACUAGUCCGCUACUUGCUAUCGACCCGGUCACCCGCUCAGAAUGUACUUGUCGUUUCGACGGCGACUACUGAAGAGGUGAAUAUUUAUUGUUCUUUUAUUGCUUGUGUAAGAAGUUGCAGUUGGAUGCAACAAUUACUGGUGCGUCAUCAGCGCAGAACCUGAACAAAGAUCGAACCAUAUCACAGGCUGAAAGUGUGAACACAGUUCUAAGCGUUGUGUUGUGAUUAUUCUAAUAUCAGUGAGUCAGAACAGAGGCGCUAGACGCUUACAUAAGCUUGAUUCAUAUGCUAGCUUUUCCAGAUGCAUGUUCUAGAAAUCUUUUAAACAAAUCGUUUUGAUUUCCCUAAAAUUCGAUUGAGUGAUUGCUUCUUUUUCCGCUAACUAAAUCAAAGGGCACGUAACACCCGAACAAAGAAAUUAAAUAUAGUGAUAAACAUCGUUAUCGAGUCAAGCAAGUGCCCUCUCAAUACGUUAUACGAAUAAGUAAACCUCAAAGCGGACUUUCGAAAUAGAUCAAGUGCAGUCAGUCAGUGUGAGUCGUCAGUGGAGUGAAAGCAUCGAUUUGCGAAUUUGCCGAAUUCGUUUCGUGAAAGUGCAUUACUUACACAUUAAUCACGAUAACAGCAGCGCAACAGUACAACAACAACCACUACUGCUGAGGUUAAAGAAGCACAGUAAUUACCACUCAGUAGUCAGUAGUGAUAUCGCUGACACAUACGCCAUGGUACGGAUUGAUAUCGAUACUAUUAUCGAUGCCAUCUUCCGGACUGCCAUUCUGCCGGGGAUUAUGGUCGUGCUCUGGUUCAACGAUGUAAUAUGCCUUGCGACAUGUAAAAUCUGUAUCCUGGUGUUUGUGGUCAUCUUCGUGGUGCUGCCGUUGAUAUUCAAAUAUUCAUACGCACUGCAGAAAGGAAUUUUGUUUCUCACAUUCAUUACCUAUCCACCCAACUUGGACUUGAAGCGUCCGGAAAAAAGUGGCCUCUAUGCGACGCGAAACUUCUACGUCACCUACCGGGACCAGGAGGAAGAUUUCGAUGUUGACAUUGCGGUGUGGCACGUGCUACCAAACGAUCUGGUGCGCCGGUUCGGGAAAGAAUUGCAAAUUGACGAGGCAACUCUAUCCAACAUGACGGCUCCAGAAGAGGUGAGGGACAAAGCGGACGCCCUGUCGAGGCAGCAGAGCGCCGCAAAGUACCGGGAGAUUGAAAACAUUCUACAUCGUGCCAAUCUGAACCUCAACGACGAAGCAACCCAGAAGGAGCUGUUCGAGCAAACCCUCAAGGCAUCCAGUAACGAUAUCGUGCUGUACCUGCACGGCAAUACGGCUUCACGGGGUGCCUCGCAUCGUGUCGAGCUGUACAAGAUGCUGCGCAGCCUUAACUACCAUGUGAUAACGCUGGACUACCGUGGGUACGGUGAUUCGACCAACAUUUCCCCAACCGAGCGAGGUAUCGUGUAUGAUGCUCUCGCUGUCUAUCAGUAUAUAACCAGCGUCAGCAACAGUCCCGUCUAUCUGUGGGGUCACUCACUAGGAACCGGAGUGGCAACGCACCUACUUUCGCUGCUGACUGAUAUGAAUCUGCCAGGGCCGAAGGCGCUAGUGCUGGAAAGCCCGUUCAAUAACAUCCGCGAGGAGAUAUGCGCUCAUCCAUUUUCAAAACUCUACCGACAUCUGCCGUGGUUCGAUUUUAUGAUCACCAGUCCGAUGUACGAAAAUCAGCUACGGUUCGAGUCGGAUCACCACAUUUCGGAAUUUCGACAACCUGUGCUGAUUCUGCAUGCCGAAGAUGAUAACGUUGUUCCCUUCAAAUUAGGCUAUAAGCUAUACCGUGUCGCACUGGAUACACGCGGCAAAGCCUGGGGUCCAAUCGAGUUUCAUCGGUUCGAGAAGACCAGCCAUUACGGUCAUCGGUACAUCUGUCGAGCGCCAAAUUUGCCGGAAAUAGUGGUUAGAUUUUUCCGCACCUAUCGGGAUGAAAGCUACUAGGUGGAUGGGGCUACCAAAAACUCGACGGAUCGAUGGUGGGAGUGGAGGUAAGUGCCAACCUAUUGUUCUUCUGUUUAGGAGAUAACGUAGAAUAACAAGACUAGAUUGAAUUCAACUGAAUUGAUAGAUUUUGCAGUCACAUUCGUGGACAUUUUUCCCCCUUUCUCUCUCUUAUACGGAAUAAGAACGUUUAAUAACGUUGUACAGGAAUAUGAAUUAAAUUCAAACAUUGAGUGAAAGCAACUGUAGUCUAAGUAGUUAUAGAAUGUUAACAAUCCCUGUAGCUCAGACUUGAUAGAGUGUAAACGUUUUAGAUAGAUUUUUCGCCGGCGUUUUUCAAUGGUUUCGUUUUAACAUGAAAACCCGUUCGUCGGAGGCAAUAAAAAAUAUACGUGAUACA